AUAGGCGCGUUUAAGUUCCGCGAUAGCUUGUUUCUAACCGGUGACUUUAGGUAGACGGACUGAAGCAACAUGACAGCGGCUCGUGAAAACACAGCUGUGAAUGUGGUCGAAGGAGCAGAAAGAGACGAAGAAGCCAAACUGCAGAUGUUAAAAGGUGCAGCGUUCCUGACCACGGUGGCGUCUGCAGGGAUGAUCGCAGGAUUCGGCUCCACGUUGGCACUGGCCAAGAAAAAAAGUCCAGGGUGGUUUAACAAGGGCGUCAUGGCGACGGCGGCGGCCCCGGAGGGCGGAGCCUCUCUGGCGCUUCGAGCUCUGGGUUGGGGUUCUCUGUACGCCUGGUGUGGAGUCGGUCUGCUCAGCUUCACUGUGUGGAAAGUCCUCGGAGUUCACAGCCUGUCAGAGUUCAGACAGAAGAUGCAGUCCUUCUUCCCAACCAUCCCAAAGACCGCCGAGUCUGCAGCUGGGUCAGAACCUCUGGACUGGGACGCUGUCUUCAAGUCAAAGUGACCUGCUGCUGGAGGACCAAUCAAACAAGACGACAUAUGGACUGAAUAACACCUCCUGAGGCUCAGCAGAGACCAGUCUGUUCCCUCCUAGUUGAAAAUGUGUAUAUUUGUAAAAAAAAAUGUGUUUGAUCCGAGUGUUUUGAACAAUAAAUAUUUGUUUUUAUUAAUAUUU